AAUCUUUUCUCUUUCACACUUAACCCUUGCUUCUAGGGUUCUCGCGUCUGCGGAUCUCAAACUGAAUUAUAUUUUAGUUUAAUUCCUUUUUUUCCUCAACGAUGAUGCAACAACCUUCUCCAGUACCGCCGCAGAUGGUGCCGCCGCCGACUGCUGAUCAGAGCGGCCAGUACCAGCAGCAGUGGAUGACUUAUCAGCAGCCGCCACCGCAACAACCGCCGGUUCCGCCUCCUGCUGGAUGGACGCCGCAGCCUGUCCCGCCGCCUACUCAGCAGACGCAGUACGCCAUCGCGCCUGAUACCGCCACCGAUGGGAUACGGUCGUUGUGGAUCGGAGACUUGCAGCAAUGGAUGGAUGAAAAUUAUCUCAUCGGCAUCUUCGCUCAUACCGGAGAGGUGAUUUCAGCAAAGGUUAUCCGCAACAAGCAAACAAACUUUCCUGAGGGCUAUGGAUUUAUUGAAUUUGUGAGUCAUGCUGCCGCAGAGAGGGUUUUGCAGUCUUAUAAUGGCGCACAAAUGCCAAACACAGAGCAAAAUUUCAGGCUAAAUUGGGCAACUUAUGGCGCUGGUGAGAGGCGGCCAGAUGAGGGUCCUGAUUAUACCAUUUUUGUUGGGGAUUUGGCUGCUGAUGUCACUGACUACAUGUUACAAGAAACAUUUAGAGCUGUCUAUCCAUCUGUGAAGGGUGCUAAGGUUGUCACCGAUAGGUUGACUGGACGUACUAAGGGCUAUGGGUUUGUCAGGUUUGGUGAUGAAAGUGAACAGCUGCGUUCCAUGACUGAAAUGAAUGGAGUGCUCUGUUCUACUAGGCCCAUGCGGAUUGGGCCAGCUGCUACCAAGAAACCAGUCAGUGGACAGCAAUAUCAGAAAGCUACCUAUCAGAAUAAUCAAGGAAACCAGGGCGAGAGUGAUCCAAAUAAUACAACAAUAUUUGUUGGAGGCUUGGAUCCUAGUGUUUCAGAUGACAUUUUGAAAUCAGUUUUUGGUCAAUAUGGGGAGUUAGUUCAUGUGAAAAUUCCAGCUGGAAAACGUUGUGGUUUUGUACAGUUUGCUAACAGAGCUUGUGCGGAGCAAGCCUUGUCAAUGUUGAAUGGAACCCAAUUAGGAGGACAAAACAUUCGACUUUCAUGGGGACGUAGUCCUUCUAACAAACAGGAUCAGCCCGAUCAAGCUCAAUGGAAUGGUGGAUACUAUGGAUAUGCACAAGGAUAUGAGGCAUAUGGAUAUGCACCUCCACCCCAAGACCCGAACAUGUAUUAUGGGGGUUAUCCGGGAUAUGGAAAUUACCAGCAGCCAGGGGCAUACCAACAACCACAGCAGUGAUCAGUCUAUGUUGAGAUGUUGAAGUUGGUGUUGCUAUGAUCAGUUGAAUUUUAGGAUUCGGAUGGUUUUUUAAUGUUGCUGUGUUUGGAGUUAGUGUAUGAUUUUCUUUUCUCUUUUUAGUUUUAUAUAUUUGUUUGUAAGGUUGGUUGUGUGUUGAAGCACUAUAGGUGGGGUUUUAACACAUGAGCAUAGAGGCUUUCAUUUGAUAAGUGGGUGUAGCUGCUGCUUUACUCUUUGAUGUUAUUUGUGUACAAUUUGCCAUUUUAAUUAUCUUAUGUGAUGUGCUUUUAACUUUUGUUA